CCAACUCACAUGUUCAUUGGAUUUCUUUCGACUCAUUCACUUGCCUCUGCGUUGUAUGGCUGCCUCGCCGUUCCCGUCUAUGUCCCAACACAUUUAGCCAUCUGAUGAAAGGAAAUAAUGAAGCUGGUGGUGAUGGAGAUCCGGGUGCUAGUCGGCAUGGAAAUUUUAUCAAUUAUUACAAAUUUCACCCGGCAAACGAACGUAUCUGUCAACUUCCGCAAGGCGUGUGGUUCUCUCAACAUCCGGACCGGAAAUAUAUCGCGCUGGAUGUCGGCUGCAACGCCGGGGAACUCACUAUCGAACUGCGUAAAUUUCUUCAAGAUAAUCUGACAGUAAAUACAGAUAUAAAUUUACUGGGUAUUGACCUCGAUCCCAUUUUAAUACAACGGGCACGUGAAAAUAAUUUUAAUCAAUCGAUUACUUUUGAAUACCUAGAUUUUGUGUUAUCUCAAAAUAGAAAUGAUAUUAUUCAAAAUUACUUGAAAAAAUUUGAUAGAGAUAAAUUUGAUGUUAUAUUUUGUUUUUCUAUCACAAUGUGGAUUCAUUUAAAUCACGGCGACGAGGGUCUUGUUAAAUUCUUGGAAGACAUUUGCUCGUAUACCCAAAUGCUUGUUAUUGAACCGCAGCCAUGGAAGUGUUACAGAAAUGCCUCAAGAAGAUUGAGACGUUCUGGUGAACAAGAUUUCACAUUAAUUAAUGUUUUAAAAUUAACCGGCGAUAUGGAGAAACACAUUGUCGAUAUUUGUACUCAAAAAUGUGGAUUUCAAAAAGUUUCUAUCAGCGAAGACAAUAGCUGGGGUAGAAAACUUUUGAUUUUUAAUAAAAAUUAAUUCUUAAAUAAUUAUUUCGGCUGCCCAAUUUAAAAACACAGUAAAGGGGAAAUUUUUAAAAAUCGAUAUUUCAGAAUUUUUACUUCUAGUGAACAUGAU